AUGCAUUAUUUACAAGCGACAAUGAAUCCUCUCUCGAGGAUAAUGAUCUCCCUUAAGUUGAUCCGCUCAUACAGCCAGUUUACGAACAAUAAACCGGCUAAUCUGAUCAGAAGUGAAUUUUUAGAUUAUUUUAUGAAGGAUUUAAAUCACAGCUUUAUUCGCUCCAGUCCCGUCUCUCCAAUCACCGACCAGUCCUUGGCGUUUAUUAAUGCUGGCAUGAAUCAAUUUAAAGGUAUUUUCUUAGAUUACUACAAGCCUCCUGUAACAAAGGCAGUGAACUCGCAAAAAUGUAUCAGAGUCGGUGGAAAGCACAACGAUCUAAGGGCUGUUGGCAAUGACGGUUAUCAUCACACCUUUUUUGAAAUGCUUGGCAACUGGUCUUUUGGAGAUUAUUUUAAAGAGGAUGCUUGCUCAUAUGCCUGGAACUUGUUAACAAAUGUAUAUGACAUACCCAAAGAAUGGUUGUAUGUAACAUAUUUUGGCGGUGAUGAGAAAUUAGGCAUGAGUCCAGAUCUAGAGUGUAAAGAUAUUUGGUUGAAAUUAGGCCUUCCAGAAAAUAAAAUUUUGCCUUUUGGUAUGGAAGACAAUUUUUGGGAAAUGGGGAUAUCAGGUCCUUGUGGACCUUGUACAGAGAUAUAUAUAGACUUUACGAAACAAUCGGCUAAUCAAGCUGAACAAAUAAAUAAAGGAUAUCCCAAUAUUAUGGAGUUAUGGAAUAUAGUUUUUAUACAAUAUGAAAGGCUUGCAAAUGGAUAUAUAGUACCUUUACCAAACCAUCAUGUUGAUACAGGCAUGGGAUUUGAGCGAUUAGUUAGCUUACUACAAGGAAAAAAAUCAAAUUAUGAUACAGAUCUCUUCCAGCCAUUAUUCAAUGCGAUACAAAAGCGCUCGAACGCGCCAGAGUAUAAGGGAACAUUUGGUGAUGAUGAUACAGGCAAGAUUGACUAUGGUUACAGAAUUCUAGCUGAUCACACAAGAAUGAUUACUGUUGCACUAGCUGAUCAUAUGUUACCUGAACAACAUCCAAAAUUGCGGAAAGUAUUGCGAAACGCGAUAGACGUAGGAGAAAAAGUUUUUAAAAAACCUAACAUAGUUUCAGAACUUGUUUGCAACGUAGCUGAUAAUUUAGGUGUAGCUUAUCCAGAAUUGCACACUAAUCUGAAACAGGUACAAAGAAUAAUAGACUUUGAAGAUGAUCUAUUAAAAAGAUUACGAAACACUUCUGGUAAAAUGUGGAGUAAGAUAGUUGAAACUCGUCCCGAAUUAACAGCAAUCACCGAUUCGAUGGCUCCUGGUCUAGUAGAUGGCUAUAAAGAUCUACAAUCCAUGUUGAAAGAAUUACGUAAAACCAAUGUAUUAUCCGGGACUGUCGCAUUUAAACUAUACGAUACUUACGGCCUUAAUUCAGAAACUAUAGCGGAAUUGGCACAAAUCGAAUCUUUACACUUUGAUGAAAUUGGUUUUGAAGAGCAACUUAAUAAUCGUAAAUAUCAAUCACGAUUUGGAUUAGGAAAACAUAGUACUGUAAUUACUAAAGAAUCUUUAGGAAUACUAAAAAAAAAUCAUGUACCUAAGACGGAUGAUUCAUUUAAAUAUAAUUAUACAUAUGACGGAAACACCUAUAAAUUUCCAGCACUUAAUAGUAAACUCAUCGGUAUUCUUCUCAAUGGAGAAUUAGUUGCAAAUAAAAAUGAUUCCAACAUUACAAAAAUUAAUAAUGCUGACCAUAAAAUAACUAUAAAUAUUGGCAAGAUACAGAGUGAUACAGAUGAGAUUGGUAUUAUAUUGGACAGGACUGUAUGUUAUUCAUUAGAAGGUGGUCAAGUUUCAGAUAAAGGAAAUAUUUGUAUUAAAAAUCUACUUUUUAAUGUAGAUAAUGUCAGAAAAGUAAGUGGUUACGUGAUUCAUUCUGGACAUUUCACCAAAACAGAUUUAUCCAUAUCAGACUUGCAUUUACAAAUAGGGGAUGAUUGCCUAGUCAAUAUAGAACCAAAUAUUCGUAUUGGAGCGAUGAAACACCAUACAGCUACGCAUUUAUUAAAUGCAGCUUUAAAGCAAAUUAUGCAAGUAAUUUAUCAACGUGGAUGUACAGUCGAUAUGGAUAGUUUAAAAUUUCAGUUUAAUUCAUUUGGCGAACAACUGACAUCACAACAAAUGAAAGCAAUAGAAGUUUGCAUUAAUAACAUUAUACAGUCACAUGUUGCAACAACUGUGCACACUGUGAAUUCGCUUGAACUAUUAAAGCAAAAUGAUGUUACAUUGGUCCCAGGAGAGAUAUAUCCUUACACAGGCAUUAAAAUCGUAGAAAUCAAUACCAAUGAUUUGAAAGCGAAAGAAACGUGUUGCGGUACACAUGUUCAUAAUACAGGUGUAUUACAACACUUUUGUUUUUUAACAUAUACCUCAAAAGGAGCAACAAAGCGCACUAUUAAGGCUGUUGUUGGCCCGGAAGCCUUACGUAGCAAGCAAGCUGGUGAAAGAAUAUGUCAGAGGCUCGCAGAGAUAGAAGAUGCUUUACUAACUGACAAAUUCACAUAUGAACUAUUUAAUGCAGAAAUAAAUCAAAUAAAACAAGAAAUUAAUGAUCAACACACACAAGUACCAUUACCUUACUUGAUCAAGCAAAGAUGUUUAACACAUUUGGAGAAUUUGAGCAAGACAAUGUGGCUGCGACAGAAAGAAAUUGAAAAGGAUUCUAUAACUCGUGAAAUCACUAACGCCAUAAAUUCAUCAUCUUAUUUUAUUGUGUAUUGUUUGAACAAAAAUCCUACAUAUUUGUCACUGCAUGAAGUUGUGUCCCUCUUUUCUGGGAUACCAAUAUUAAUUCUAUCUUAUACGAAUGGAUUUGUAAAGGCAAGAUGUACAAUACCACAGGAAACGAUCUCUAACACAUUUAAUGCACAAACUUGGAUGAAUAUUGUCCUUCAAAUCUUUAAUGCAGAGCAUGGACCUAUUAAGGGAUUCAAACCCAUGUUGGUUGCAAGUAUGAAAUCUACAAAAGUAUCAAAAGAUUUUCAAGUACAUAUCGAAAAAGCAAUUACAGAGGCUACCAAAUUUGCGUUCACGCAUAUAAAGAAAGUUGAGACCGCUAAUAAUAAAAAUCAGUAAAUAAUUUA